AUCAAAACAACUUCGCGUGUUUCGUUGCUGCUGCUUGCCGGCUGUCGAAUAAAAUUUUACCACCGUCGUUCAAGUGAAACAUUCCGAACAUGGAAGAAAAACAGGCGAAAAAAGUGCUUUCCGAGCAGGAACGGCUUGAAUUGGCGGCCCAGCUGGAUAGAGACCUGGAUGCCUUCAUCAGCUCGCUGGAGAAAAGGCGCUACACCGAAGGAUGGCCCGAAGACCGCUGGGAGGAAGAGAUGGCCAAGCAUCCGUUUUUCAUGCAAAAAUCACCCGAACCGGGCGAACCACUGAGCCCACUGAUGGAAGGACUGCAGCAGCUGAAGUACGAUCCACAGGAAAACACGGAGCAAGAGCUGGCCGAUACGUACAAAGAGGACGGCCGGUUCUACAUGCAGCACCGCAAGUUCCGGAUGGCCGUGCUGAGCUACACGGAAGCGCUCCGGUACAAGGUUGGCGAUGCGGCGUACAAAGCGAUCCUGUACAAUAAUCGUAGCGCCGCAAACUACUCGCUGAAAAACUACCGCACUUCCCUGCAAGACGCUCAGAAAGCGUUGGAGUUGAACCCCGACUACGACAAGCCCCGGUGGCGUGCGGCCCAGUGUGCCUCGGCACUCGAUCGGUUCGAUCUGUGCGUUGAGCUCUGCGACACAAUACUGCAGCGUGAUUCUACAAACAGUGCCGCGGUCGAGUUGCGAAAAUCUUGCCUCGCGCGAAAAGCCGCACAGAAUCGUGACAGCCGGAAGGAAGCUCGCCUGGAGCGGGAAAAGGAGCAGAAAUGGGAUCGGCUCGUGGCGGAGUUGCAGAAGCGGAUGGUAAAGUUUGAGGAACCAAAAGCGCUGGACGAUGAGCGUAAGCUGCGGCCACGUUUGGCACCGUUGGAAGACUUUAUGGUAUCGUGCGAUGAAAAUGGUGUCCUAUCCUGGCCGGUAGUGUUUUGCUAUCCAGAGUUUCAAACGACCGAUUUCCAGCAGCAGCUUCCGGAAACGACCAAAAUGCAAGAAGUGCUGGAGCAACUGUUCGAGGAACCGCUCGAGUACGAUAAGGCGGGUUUGUACCGGGCAAACAAAGUAAACGUUUACUAUGAAAAUAGGAUUCUUGGCUUUCCCUACAUCGUGGACAAGAAUAAAACGAUCCAGGAGAUUGUAGCAGAACGGACGUUCCUCGUGUACCAGGGUACCCUUACGUUUUACAUUGUGGUGAAGGGCUCCAAGCAGGAAGAAUCGUUCGUGAAUCAAACAAGGAUACCACUUAAACUCAAUCAUUGGUGAUAAGGGCAAAAGAGAGAAGCGGCACAAAAAGGUGAAAUAAAUUUCGGAUAUCGGAUGUACGAACGAAACGCUGUCGCUUAUUAGUGAAUUACACAUGAUUUUUAUUCAUAUUUUUAUGUUGCAAUAUAUAAUAUGCGUUUUAAAGGAUUUACUCUCUCUCUCUGAAGAAACUCUUUUGUUCAGAAGUAACAAAAACGAAUUAAAAAUGUGGUAGCUCUAUUUAAAGAAAAAAGAAUGGUGGUUUCACAUCAACGAGGAAUAGACCAAAUGGUAAAUUGAUGGCGGAAGGGGAAAAGGAAUUUUGAUGAGCCGCCGAUACAUGCUCGGACCGUAAGCUAUAAUACCAUUCGAAAGCGAGGAUGAAAUUCUAGGAAAAAAAUGUGCUGAAGAAAAUGACUGCGCACUCUACUAAAAUCAAGCUAGUUAGUGGCUUUCUCUCCUGGGAUGAUCAGAAUGGCAAACGAAAGCAUUUCCGUUCAAAAAAAAAAAAAGAAAUGGACAAAAUAAAUUAAAUCAAGGUGUCGUCAAUUUCCGCUCAGUUGCAGACAAUGGCAAAAAGGAAACACGGACGUACGGCGGCUUUUGGGCUUGUAUGAUAGGCUCAACAAUAAAUCAGGAAGUGGUGGUUUGUAUGAAUUUUCACAGCAUCGUGACGACGAUCACCGCACUCACUACUCUCACGGGGGAGAGGGUGUGCGCACACAUGCCUCCUCUUCUAACUCUCUCUUAACAUCGUUGCUUGUCCUAUCCAGUGGUGUGUUGUACGACGUUUCCAGGCACACCAACCAAGAAACGAUCCAAACACGUGGUUGUGGCAUUACGUUUUUUUUUGUAGAGGGGAAAAACAAUUGUAUGAUCUCCUGUUAUCUCAGGCAUCCCCCUCCUUUCUUGGGGUGUUAUACCAUCAUCCACUUUGUGUAAGGUUUUCCAGGCUUUUUUUUCUUCUCUCUAUUGCUUUCACCGGUACAAAACCAAACCGAGUCUUAAGUUCUCUAGUCGUUUUGUGUGUAUAAUUUAGAGCUGCUAUUGGAAGUGAUACUUUUCCGCACAUUGGUUUGGUAGCUUUGAGGGGGUUUUGAGGAUAUAAUUCGAGAUAAAUCUCGGCUUCUUGGGUGGUUGCUGGAUUGAAGGUGUGUUGUGUGUUUUCCUCUUGAGACUUCAUACACUCAUUCCAUACACACAUUAACGGGCGAAUGGUGUGCUUCGCUCUUGUCGUGAAUUGUUGCUCAAAAAGGGCAGCAGAAAAAAUACUACAAAAUUACCAACAACGAAUUGCCUUUCCACCUCUGCCUCUCACACACACACGCUUUGCGCCCUAAAUUCCACUACAACGGCCCUCUAGCUGUUUCUAGACAUUACACUCUCCUGAGGCGCCUGAGACACUCUCAGCUUCCUAUAUUGGGGUUUCUGGACACCCAGCUGUUUACCACAGGAUGCGCUUAUGGGGUUUUGGUUUGACUUAGUCCUUUUUUCCGCCCGGAUUAAUUGGACAUUUAAUGGUUGAGAUCCUAAGAGCUUUCGUUCGAGUCGGAUAUACUUAUCGGGUUUUUCGUCGCAAAAUUGUAAUAAGCGUAAUGGGCUUUUUCUACUGUUUUUUUCCUGCCUUUCCUGUGUUUCCGUCGUUUUUCCUUUGGUGCCUCUGUUUCAAAAAAACGUGAACGUGGCUUGUGUUUUUUUUUGCACACCCUUUUCUCCUAGUUGUUAGGAAUUUCCCCGAUUUAUCCCCCCUUUUUCCGGUCGUUUGCCUGUUCUGUCUUCUUCGUUCGUUCGUGGUUUUUUCUUGAGUGUAUAUGUGUGUUUUUGGAUGUUUUUUGUUUGUUACAUAUUAACUUUAAAUAUAAAAUAUCACAAUGGUACAUUUUUUUCUCUCUCCCUCCCGUCUCUCGAGCUCAUUCAGCGUUCUCUAGUGUUUUCACAAAAAUAUAGUUAUUAUUAAUAUGUUAAAUACCCUGCUGUGUGGAACGAAAAAACAACAACACGGAACACUUCUCGGAACACACACACACUCUCGGAUGGGAGGAGCACACCACGAGGAAGCGCGGUGCUGCUUAUUUGGUAGUGGUGUGUUGCUCGGCUGUAUGUAUGCAGGGGAUCUGUUUAUUCCUCUGCGCGCCAUACACACACAACACAGCCAUUUUGUUUUGUCAGAAAGUUGUCCUUCGAAACACAUUUUAGUGCACACUUGGACAUGUUUCAGCGGAUUUUGGUAAAAAAUCGUUUGCCUCUUUUACCGUCAUAUUGACGAAUGCCGCCUUUUUCUGCACGAUUUUCCUCGUGCUUCGCCAUGCACAACGAAUAGGGGGUGGUGAUGAUCAACAACCACCAUCAUCACCAUUUUGCAAGGAAAGGUACUUUUCCUGGUAUAGCAAUUAGUCCUUUGCACGCACUCCACAGGUGCGCGGAUUGCUUUAGGGGCUAAUUUCGAUUUCGUUCGAAAUUCGCGCGUUCAUAUUGGAUCUUUCCCACAUUAAACCAAUUGAGAUCAACGAGACGUACAUUUAUGUCUACGAGAAAAUGGUCUCUUUUCCGCUUUUCCGACGACAUUUUUCCUUUUUUUUUCUUCUUUGUAACGUGUUCGAAGGUAUUCGAACAGAGAGGUAACAACACCAUGGCUCUCACCCCUAUUCAACCAAAUUCGGGUGCCUGGUGUGUCGUGUGUUCCGUACUAUUUAUGUUUCGCUUAGGUGUCUUGCUUUUUUUAAAUAUGCUUUUGAGAAUUUCACAUAACAUAUUAUUCCUGCAUGGUUAUUAUCAGUAUCUUCGCUACGCAACACAACUCAUGUUUCCGGGUUCUUGAGAAUGUUUCCGCUUUGUGUUCCUUCCUGUUGCGUUCUUUGUAAAGAAUUUUGUUCCUUUAAUAACUGGUUAAGAUUCAUAGCUUUUCUUGUAGUAAUUGUAUGUGUUUUUUCCGUUCGUUCGUUUUUUUUGUGAAAACCUUUUGUUCGCUGCAUGAUUCAUCAUUCAUUCAGAGACAUGGAAAAAAGCAAAAAGGUUCGUACGUUCCCUUCCGCUUCUGCACAUUUUUGCUAUGUAAAUGUAUUAUUGGCGAUAUCUUACGCUUUUUCCGUUUAUAUGCAUGCAAAAUACAUCUUUUACAUGUCUGCUAUACCAACACUCGCUCGGCUUGCUGGUAAUGUGUGUUUUUUCUUCUUUUCUUUUUUUUUCAGCAGAUCAUACACAAACAUACACACACACAUAUAACCACACUGGGUCGUUUUUUGAUGUAAUGUCCAACGGGGUCCGGUCCCUUCCUUCCACUUCCGUGGGCGCAUAUUUUGCAACACGUUGAUCGCAUCGUGUAAGUGUUGUGUAGUGUGCGACCCAUUAUUUUCUGGCAUGUGUUUCUAGCUCUUGGCGCUAUCCUUCCUACCAUUUUUAUCAUUAGUCUGAAUCAUCUUUUGAAUCGUUUGAGAAGCAUACACCCUUCUCUAUAUUCAUUGGUUUUUUUUCCAGAGUGUGCUGAAUAAUGCUUACUAUCGUAUAGUUUUCGGGGGAUUUUUCGUGCAUCCCAAAUGAAACCUGAAUUAAUUUACCUAGCGAACAAAACAAAAAAAUGGCGACUUGUGCAAAAGGAAGAGAAUUAUGUUCGCUUUGCUUUAUCACACUUGGAAUCAGAAUUUAAGAAGGACACUACCCCCCCCUUCCUGUUGCUGUGGAUGAUUUUAACGCUACACAGCGAACUAAAAAUUCAGUGAUAAAUUUCUAUGUCUGUGUGUGUGUGUUUUUUGUCUGCUGCAAGUUCUAUAAGAGAAGUGUGCUUAAUUUUAAAAAACCUAGAAUAACCUGACACGUGUGCCUUGUCUCCUCCACGAAUCGAUGAUCAAUCGGAUUUUGGUUGAUUUUUUCCUGACCGGGCGGGCAUGCAACAACUUGUGUAUUCGCAUUUUUGUCUGUUAAAAAGAAAAACUUAAAUCUAAUCACUACACAGCAAAACCCCUUAACCGUAAGCACACAAUGAAUGUGGGUUUAGAAGAAGAACAGACAAAAACAAAACAAAAAACACCUUUAACGGUGACGACGCAUGCCAAAAGAAGGAGCUUCUUUAGCUCUAGUUUGAUGAGCUUUCUCUAUAGUAUGUGCAAAAGGAUAGAUUGUUUUUCUUCUGAAAAAUGGUGCGUUACGAUUUUAGCUGCCAACCAUCCAUCAUCUUGCUGAUGUUUCCUGUUGUUGACCAUGAGUCCUGUGCUCUUUCGAUUUAACAACUCGGUCUGUCGGUCUGUUUCUUGCGCUUUUCUCUCACUCGAUCGUCGAUGCUUUUAAAAAGUUCAUAAGAAAGUAAAAAAUUGUUCCUCGAUCUGUUUUGUGACGAAACGACGGUUACGCAUCUGAUUAUUCACUGUAAUAAGAUAUUAUCCUUAGCCGUUUUUUCUUC